UCUUUAUUUACUACCGAGGUUUCCUUGUUUUAAAAUGACAUUUUACAGUGGAGUGGAUAAUGUAAGUGUGCAGGAUUUAUUGAAGACAUCCUACUUAUUGAAGAAGGUGGAACUCAAUGCCUAACUGUAAUAAGGGUGGAAUUGGAGUUCGGUCACAUUUCAAGCAUGCACAGUUCCCUGAGAUGGCUAGUUAUUUCACUGACCAGCUGCUUCCACUGAAAUCAAAUGUUGAACUCACUGGUGUUUUGAACCCAGAGUUUGGAGAUUAGUCAAUAUCACUCUUGAGGUGUUUGGCACUGAUGGCCAUGACAUAUGGCACCUUUGCUGUCCACUUGUCAUCCAAGUGAGAUAAAUUCAUAGAUCCAAUAUAUCGUUUCAUUGCAAAGAUAUCAGAUGGCAUGAAAAAAUCCAAAGAAUCUUAAUGCUUGAAUGAAGAGGUUACAGUUGGCAUUCAAAAUCACAGAAAUAUCAUACCACUGAAGAUGGAAAGGUGACCCAGGAACAAUGGCACACUCUAUAGAAUGGAUCCGAUUCCGCUUCCAGCAGCAACAAACCAACAGUGUCUCUGAAACAACACCAUUGUUAUCAUCUCCAUCGCUGAAUUCUCCAGCAAGGACACAAAAGUCAGCUGGCUUAAGCAACCAAAGAAUUAUCAUUCCAAAUAAUGGAAAGUUUCCCAAAAGCUCAGAAAAGCUAAUGAAAAGCUAUCUGAGCAAUAAAAUAAGAACCACAAAGUAUACCUUCAUCAACUUUCUUCCAAAGAACAUCUUUGAGCAGUUUUACAGGUUUGCCAAUAUUUACUUCCUGUUCCUAGCUCUUCUGAACUGGGUCCCAUCUAUUGGAGUUUUCCAGAAAGAGAUAACCAUGUUACCCUUGAUCAUUGUGAUGUCCAUUACUGCUAUUAAAGAUGGAGUUGAAGACUACAAGAGAUACAGAUUUGAUAAAAGGAUAAAUCAAGCCAGGACACAGGUAUUUGAUUGGAAACAGAAGCAGUAUGUUAAGAAAUGCUGGAAAGAUGUUCAAGUGGGUGACUUUGUGCAGCUAUUGUGCAAUGAAAUAAUUCCAGCUGAUAUGCUCCUAUUGCACUCAUCAGAACAAAAUGGAAUCUGUCACAUUGAGACUUUUAACCUCGAUGGAGAAACAAACCUCAAACAAAGACUUGCCGUUAAAGGGUUUAAAGAUCAUCAUUCUAGUUUUGAGCCUGAGAAUUUCUACUGCACUAUAACCUGCGAAAGCCCCAACAAUGAUCUCAACAAAUUUGAGGGCAUUAUGGAAAGUCCUGAAAAUAAGAUCGGCUUCAAUAAAGACAGCCUCUUACUUCGAGGCUGCACCAUUCGGAACACUAAACUUAUUGUGGGAAUAGUUAUAUAUGCAGGCCAUGAAACCAAAGCAAUGCUUAAUAAUAAUGGACCUCGCUACAAACGGAGUAAAUUGGAGAGGAGAAUGAACACUAAUGUCCUCUGCUCUGUAGUUAUCAUGGUGCUCAUGUGUUUCCUCGGAGCCUUAGGCCACAGUAUUUGGGUUGGAACCUUCCCUUCAUGGCCUCCGUUUGAACCCCCAGAUGACAGUGGCAGCUUCAUGUCAACUGCUGUGUCUGGAUGUUACAUGUUCCUGACAAUGAUGAUACUACUACAGGUCUUUAUCCCUAUUUCCUUGUAUGUCUCCAUUGAGGUUGUAAAGUUGGGUCAAAUAUUCUUCAUAAACAAUGAUAUUGAUCUUUACGAUGAAAGCACCAACAAACGUCUGCAGUGUCGUGCUCUGAAUAUCACUGAGGACCUUGGUCAGAUCCAGUAUAUCUUCUCUGAUAAGACAGGAACCCUCACUGAGAACAAAAUGGUCUUUCGUCGCUGCGCCAUCAUGGGCACAGAGUUCCGACAUGACGAAAAUACAAGGCGAUUAUCUGCACAGAGAGAGCUGGUCUCUUUUGAUGAAGGGCUACUUUUGCAGAGCACAGACAAUGUGAACAACAUUCAGACUACCAAGUCCCAUACAAGGCAAAAAAGGAAAAUCUCAAUGCAACAUUCACAAAAUGUACAUUCUCAACAGCAAUUCACUGCCUCCAAAAACUGUCAGCAGCCUGGGAUGAAUUGUGAUAGCUUCUUCACCCAGAGAGUGGCAUUCAACAGCCCAUUAGAGAAAGAAAUCACCCCUGAUGAAGUCUUGCUGAACAGAAUUCAAGACGCUGUUGUUCAUAUGGACCCGUGGACUCGAAUAAAAGAUGUCACAGGGUUGGAGAAUGCAUGCAUCAUAGAUUUCUUUCUGGCUUUGACAUUGUGCAACACAGUUGUGGUUUCCACAGCAACACAACCAAGGCAACGGGUAUUAUCUCCAUCUUUGUCAAAAGUUUCCACAGUUUCCCAGGAGAAGAUACAGCAGCUAUUUCAGAAGCUUAAGCUGUCACGAACAAGUUCCAUUUCCACACCAAAUCAUUCAGACUCUGAUGAACCGGGACAUUUGUGCAAUAAAACAUCACUGUCCUCUGAAGUUAGUCCAACUUCUUCAUAUAGUGCGGACGCGGGAACGGAUGACUCUGGUUCUAGGCCUGACCUCAUCAGUAGUGUACAUGAAAUGGCUAACAGUGUUGACAGAGAAGAUCACAGUAUUUGUGAAGAAGCUGAUGAAAAUCAAAGCAAUUUAGAGUUCUGCUAUGAAGCUGAAAGCCCAGAUGAGGCAGCCCUUGUGCAUGCUGCUCGAGCUUACAAUUUCACAUUAUGGUCUCGAACCCCCAACCAAGUGACUGUGAAGUUACCUCAAGGGGAUCUUCUUACUUUUGAAGUGUUACAUAUGUUAGCAUUUGAUUCAACAAGGAAAAGGAUGUCUGUGAUAGUCAAACAUCCCGUCACUGAAGAGAUUAUCAUGUACACAAAGGGAGCAGAUUCCGUUAUCAUGGAUUUAUUAGAGGAAUCUGCCAAAGAAGAAAAGCAAAGAAAAAUAAUCCUGGAAACACAAAAGUGUCUGGACAUGUAUGCAAAUAAUGGUCUGCGAACACUAUGCAUUGCAAAGAAGGUCUUGAGCAGUAGUGAAUACAAAAAAUGGGCUGAUUUAAGACACGAGGCAGAGACCAGUAUUGAUCACAGAGAAGAAUUGAUUCUGGAGACAGCACAACGAUUGGAAACAGAUCUUCAAUUAUUGGGAGCAACAGGUAUUGAGGAUCGUCUGCAAGAUGGUGUGCCAGGAACCAUUGAAGCCCUUCGUGAAGCUGGCAUUUUGAUUUGGGUCCUGACAGGAGAUAAACAGGAAACUGCUGUUAAUAUUGCCUAUGCAUGUAAGCUUCUGAAUUCAAAGGACUUAAUCUUCACUCUAAAUAAUGAAACCCAGGAGACCUGUGAAUCUUCACUGGAUUGCAUCUUGGACAAAAUAAGAAUGUAUAAAGAUGUAAAUAACACCAGAUCCAAUUUAAUGAUGGACUUUGCACCCGUUUCCUCUGCACUCAAUCCCAGCUUUGGUCUAGUGAUUGAUGGAAAGACUUUGAAUGUGAUUUUCCAUGGAAAUCUGCAGAAGAAGUUCCUGGAUCUAGUAAAGUGUUGCCAAUCUGUGUUGUGUUGCCGUUCCACUCCUCUCCAGAAAAGCGUGAUGGUCAAGUUAGUCCGAGAUCAUCUAAAUGCCAUGACGUUAGCAAUAGGUGAUGGGGCCAAUGAUGUCAGCAUGAUCCAAGCUGCUGAUGUGGGCAUUGGAAUCUUUGGUCAAGAAGGAAUGCAGGCUGUGAUGGCCAGUGAUUUUUCAAUCUCUCACUUCAAACAUCUAAAAAAGCUGCUACUGGUACAUGGCCACUGGUGCUACACUCGAUUGUCCAAUAUGACCGUUUACUUCUUUUACAAGAAUGUGAUCUACGUGAAUCUCUUAUUCUGGUACCAGUUUUUCUGUGGAUUUAGUGGGACAACAAUGAUUGACUAUUGGUUGAUGAUAUUUUUCAAUCUAUUCUUCACGUCCCUUCCUCCAUUACUGUUUGGAAUAUUGGAUAAAGAUAUUUCUGCAGACCUGCUUUUGGAGCUCCCCAAGCUGUAUAAAAGUGGCCAGCAGUCUGUGGUCUCCAAUCUCUGUAUUUUUGGGAUUAACAUGAUGGAUGCCUUUUAUCAAAGUCUUGUCUGCUUCUUCAUUCCAUACUUUGCUUACCGAGAUUCAAAUAUUGAUGUUCUUUCGUUUGGAAUACCCAUGAACACCCUGUCCAUCUUUACAAUCCUAGCACAUCUGGCAAUUGAAACCAAAACAUGGACCUGGCUGCAUUGGGUUUCGAUAAUUGGGAGCAUAGCAUUCUACUUUUUUGUUACAAUGGUGUACAGUGCCAACUGUGUUACCUGCAACCCUCCAUCAAAUCCCUACUGGAUAAUGCAACAUCAGAUGACCGAUCCACUCUUUUACCUCAUAUGUCUCAUCACACCAGUGCUAGCCCUGCUACCAAGGUAUUUAUUUCGUAGCCUUCAAGGCACACUGUCUGCGUCUUGCAUUUUUAAAGUUCAACAACUAGACAACUUGGACAGGGAACAACGUGCUCGAACCAUCAAACACUGGAAAGGCCUUGACAUCUCAGCAAAUAAUACCUCAUCUUGAACAGGUUCUGCACAUGAAUCACCAGUUGAAAUGUCAACUGCCCUUGAACAGUGGGCGAGUAAUUAUGAUCCUCAAUUUAUUUCUUCCAAUCCAGUGGGGAUAGUGAAAGUGCAGAAUUCUAUCAAUAGUGUGUGAAAAUCAGGAGUCACAGGAAAAAGAUACAAAAUGGAACUGAUGAGGAUUCCGGUGAAGCUACACAUUCACAAAUCACUUUGGAAAAAGGAGAAAUUUUUUCUCCUCCCUCUCAGUCAAAACUAAAUCCUGAAUAAAAACAGCCCCAAGCCUUAAAAGAACAUCUCAUCUUUUGAGAAUUGCUUUUUUUGUGUCAAAUAAACAAAACAUUCAGCCCCCAUGCAAAGUUUUGAAGGACCUUGCUAGGAAUCUCAGGUUUUCUAUCUUUUCAUGUAAGGAAGACAACAUGAACUGAGUGAAUCUACCAAUUGUGUCAUUAACAUUUAUUUGUCUUUAUGACAGUCGGAUAGUUCUUAAUUGUGCAAAUUUAAAUGUUUGAGAAAAUGGAGAAAUAUACUUUGGUUUAAUAUGCUGCAUAACAUAAUUAAGUGAGUGUUCACUGAUUUGAUAAGAACUUAGACAUGAAAUUUAUCUUAAAUCCCAAAAACAAGAAUCAUUGAAAUGCGCAAGACUGUGAAUAAUAAAAUCUGAAAUAAGACCAAAAAAUGUUGGAAAUACUGAACAGGUUGAUAGCACCUAAAGCAUGAGGAGCACAGUCAAUGCUUCAAGUUCCAGUUCUGAUGUAAAGUCACAUACAAGAAAUGUGGUCAGUGAGUGGAAUAUUAUCAGAGUCUGAAAGACAUGCGUUUUAAAAAGAUUUAUGGCCAAAUUGUGGUAAAGGACCAGCAAAGCCAAUCUCGAUGUUAGGAGCAUAAUAUGUAUUUGUUUAAGCUUUUGACAAGCAGAGUGGUGAAAUUCUCACUGGGUAGAGGCAACUUGAUAAAUUAAAGGGCUUAUUGCUUGUUAAAGGCACAACUUGUCUCAUUAAUGUUGAGCUUCCUAUUUUAUCAAAAGUGCCAAACAAACUUGAUGUCAAGUAUUCUCAACAUGGAAAUCAAUACAGGCACCUGACAACUUCGGCUCCUUCGUCACAUACACCCCAGAUCUGUGGACUUUGGUAUCAGUCAUGUGCCAGCACCUAAGAACCCUCACACCACAUGUCCAAUCUGCUUACGGGACAUUGGGUGCCUAGGGACAUGCACACAGCUCAUGAACUAGACUGGGCUGAAACUCUGGGCUUUGUGCUAGCUGUCAUAGUGUACACUCACUGUGAGAGUACCUGAAUACUCACAGCAUUUCUGCAUUGCAUUGCCUUGUCUUCCCUGCCUGUGAGCACUUUGCCACUUCAGUUAGAGCUCCCAGGCUGAUUGAACUUGUCUCUUUUUGAGAUUUAGUGUAGAGCGAAGUCAGGAUGCCUGACAUGAUUAUCAGCAAGCCUUAGUUAGGUCAAGAAAGAUGGACUCCUCAACUGGGGGUUGGUGGUGGAAGAAAAUAGUUCAUGGCUCACAGCAAAGACACAUUCCAGCAAUGAAUGAUUCUAGGAAGGGUGUAAGGCAGAGUAUUUGGAAAGUUUUAAAAUACAACAAAAGAUGAUCCAAAAAGAUCAAUUCCAACCCCAAGGUGGCUGCCUGUGUAGAGUUUACACAUUCUUUCCAUGCCUGUGUGGAUUUCCUCUGGGUGCUUCGGUUUCCUCCCACAGCCCAAAGAUGUGCAGUUUGGGUGGAUUGGCCAUGCUAAAUUGCCCGUAGUGUUCAGGGAUGUGUAGGCUAGGUGGAUUAGCCAUGGAGAAA